UGGAGACGAGAAACUGCGCCAAACGUUCUUCUGCCAAUGCCUGACGCCGUUGGAUACUGGGCGGCAUCCUUGUGCCCUGGCGCCAUAUUAUCAUAGUUCCGCGUUUUUGAGGUUGUUGUGUGCAGGUUGACAUGCGGCGGAAGGAAUUUCGGGCACAUUGAAUGCGUUGUAUAGUAAUAUUACGUUAUUUGUUAAAUUGUGUUACUUAAACGUAUUCGAUAAUGGCUAAUAUUACUUUGGAUAAGGAAGCCUUCUUUCGGCGCAUGAAAAGACUGUAUUCGGCGUGGAAAGAACAGGAAAAUGGAAACGAUGAAGGCUUUGGAAAAAUGGAUGCAAUGGUUGCAGCUGUGGGUAUGGAUGAAGAUGUUGUUUAUAGCAAAUCAACAGCAUUGCAGACUUGGCUGUUGGGUUAUGAACUCACAGAUACCAUGAUGGUACUCACUGAAGAGGCUAUUAAUUUCCUUGCUAGCAAGAAAAAGAUUGACUUUCUUAGACAGAUAGAAAAUGGGAAAGAUGAAAAUUCAGUCCCUCCAGUAAAAUUAUUGACAAGAGACAGAGGUGAUGACCAAGCAAAUUUUACCAUUCUUAUUGAAGCUAUGAAAAAAAGUAAAAGAGGAAAGACUUUAGGAGUAUUUUCCAAAGAAAAUUAUCCUGGUUUAUUCAUGGAUGCUUGGCGUUCAGCCUUGAAAAAGGAAAACUUUGAGACAGUUGAUGUCAGUGCUGCUAUUGCAUAUGUUAUGGCACCAAAAGAAGAUUCAGAGAUCUUAACCAUCAAGAAGGCCUGUUUAGUGUCUGUAGAUGUGUAUACGAAAUAUCUUAAGGACCAAUUAAUGGAAAUAAUUGACUCUGAUAAGAAAGUCAAACAUGCCAAGUUGGCUGAAGGUGUUGAAGCUGCAAUUACAGACAAGAAGUAUGUAACAGGUGUUGACACUUCCCAACUAGAUAUGUGCUAUCCAGCUAUAAUCCAAAGUGGUGGGAACUAUAAUUUAAAAUUCAGUGUAGUAAGUGACAAGAAUGUUCUUCACUUUGGAGCUAUUGUUUGUUCAUUGGGAACAAGGUACAAAUCAUAUUGUUCCAACAUUGUGCGGACACUUCUUGUGAAUCCAAAUGAAACUAUUCAGAAUAAUUACAAUUUCCUUGUGGCUGUUGAAGAAGAAUUGCUGAAAACUUUGGUUGCUGGAGCCAAAUUGAGUGAUGUUUAUGAAAGUGGAUUAAGCUAUGUGAAAAAAGAAAAAUCAAAUUUAAUAGACAAUCUCACCAAAAACUUUGGAUUUGCAAUGGGAAUUGAGUUUCGUGAAAGCUCUCUUGUUAUUGGCCCAAAGUCAGCAGCAAUUGCCAGAAAAGGCAUGGUAUUCAAUUUAAAUGUGGGAUUAUCAGGAUUAACAAACAAAGAUGCUCAGGAGAAAGAAGGCAAAACAUAUGCCUUAUUUAUUGGAGAUACUGUACUUGUUAAUGAGGGACAACCUUGCACAAUUUUAACUCCAUCCAAGAAAAAAAUCAAAAACAUAGGUAUCUUUUUGAAAGAUGAAGAGGAGGAAGAGGAGGAGGAAGAAGAAGAGAAAAAGAAAGCACCAAAGCCUGAGUUAGUAGGACGUGGUAAACGAACUGCUGUUUUGGAUUCUAAAUUGAGGACAGAGCAGUCAUCAGAAGAGAAAAGGAAACAGCAUCAGAAAGAACUUGCUAUUCAAUUAAAUGAAGCAGCUAGAAAGCGCCUUGCCCAACAGUCUGGAGGGAAAGAACAAGAGAAAGUUCGUAAAUCUACAGUUUCGUACAAAAACCACAGUCAAUUGCCACGAGAGAAAGAAGUUAUAGCAUUAAAGAUAUUUGUGGAUCGAAAAUAUGAGUCAUUAAUUCUUCCUAUUUUUGGUAUAUCUGUACCUUUCCAUAUUUCAACCAUUAAGAAUAUAUCUCAGUCAGUUGAAGGUGACUACACCUACUUGAGAAUAAAUUUUUUUCAUCCUGGUGCAAUGAUGGGAAGAAAUGAAGGAGGCACCUAUCCUCAACCUGAUGCAACUUUUAUGAAAGAAGUGACUUACCGGAGUACAAAUGUGAAAGAACCUGGAGAACUGUCUGCGCCUUCUUCCAAUUUGAAUACAGCCUUUCGGUUGAUCAAAGAAGUGCAGAAGAAAUACAGAAGCAGAGAAGCUGAGGAACGGGAGAAGGAAGAUUUGGUGAAACAAGAUAGCUUAGUUUUGUCACAAAACAAGGGAAACCCAAAACUGAAGGAUCUUUAUAUUCGGCCUAACAUUGUUGCAAAAAGAAUGACAGGAUGUCUGGAAGCUCAUGUAAAUGGGUUUCGAUAUACUUCUGUCAGAGGAGAUAAGGUUGAUAUUUUAUACAACAAUAUAAAAAAUGCAUUUUUUCAACCUUGUGAUGGAGAAAUGAUUAUUCUUCUUCACUUCCAUCUGAAGCACGGUAUUAUGUUUGGCACCAAAAAACAAAAACAUGAAGAUGUGCAAUUUUAUACUGAAGUGGGAGAAAUUACUACUGAUCUGGGCAAACAUCAGCAUAUGCAUGAUCGUGAUGAUCUGGCUGCUGAACAGUCUGAGAGAGAACUUCGACAUAAGUUAAAGAGUGCUUUUAAAAGCUUCUGUGAGAAGGUUGAGGCAAUGACAAAGCAAGAAAUAGAAUUUGAUACACCAUUCAGAGAGUUGGGAUUUCCUGGUGCUCCAUCAAGAAGUACAGUUUUGCUUCAACCAACUAGUGGAUGUUUAGUCCAUCUGACAGAGUGGCCUCCUUUUGUGAUCACAUUGGAAGAUGUUGAACUGGUACACUUUGAGCGUGUGCAGUUCCACUUGAAGAACUUUGACAUGAUCUUUGUGUUCAGAGAUUACCAUCGCAAAGUGGCCACAUUGAAUGCAAUUCCUAUGAACAUGCUGGACCAUGUCAAGGAAUGGCUUAACUCUUGUGACAUUCGAUAUACUGAAGGUAUACAGUCAUUGAACUGGACCAAGAUUAUGAAGACCAUUACUGAUGAUCCAGAAGGUUUCUUUGAAAGUGGUGGGUGGACAUUUUUGGAUCCUGAAAGUGAUGAAGAGAAUGAAGAAUUAGGAGAGGAAGAAGAGGAAGAGGAUGAAGCCUAUGAGCCAACAGACUUGGAAUCAGAGGACGAGGAUUCAGAAGACUCAGAAUACUCAGAAUAUUCAGAAGAUAGUGAAAGUGAAGAAGAGGAAUUGGGCUCUUCAGAAGAGUCUGGGAAGGACUGGUCAGACUUGGAAAGGGAAGCUGCGGAAGCAGACAAGGAACUCACCAAUUUUGAGGAUGAGUAUGCAAAUUCCAAGAAGGGAGGGAAAAAGCCUGAGAGCUUUAAUAACCGCUCGCCCAGCAAGCACAAAUCUGACAAAUCUGCCAAAAAUUCAUCCAAACACAAGCACAGCUCCAAUCAUAAAGAUUCCCACAAAAGCAAAUCUAAUGAUAAACACAGGCCAUCCCAUGGCCCUGGAAAGAAAAAAGAAUCACAGUCAUCACAUAAACACAGCAGUAGUUCAUCAAAAAGUAAGCACAGUGACAAGCGCAAUGACAAGCACAGUAGCAGACACAGUGACAAACAUAGCAGUAAACAUGAUAAAUCAAGCAGCAGUAGUAGCAAGAAACGUUCUCGGGAAGACAGUGAAAGUAAAGAUUCUCGUCACAAGAAAAAUUCAAAAGGUCUAAGGUCAGAUUCCUGCCACAUUCCUGGCAUUCAUUAG